GGUCAGGGAUGGAGGGAAUGGGAGCCCGGCGCCGGGGGAAAUCCCAGAAAUGGGAGGAAGGUGUUCUAGGAGGGGUCUCCGAAGGGAAGAGAGGUGGGAAAUGUGUGUGCGGGUGGAGAGGGGGCUUUGCAUACAAUUUGGAAGGAAUCCAGGUGAAAUAUGGGGAGAAUGGAAUACAGGCGGAAAGUGGGGUGCGGAGUAGAACCUUGAGCAAAUAAAUUGCGGGUAGAAUUCGGGCAGAAUAAUGGGGAUUUCAGGUAGAAUAUGCAGGGAACCCUAGAAGAAUAUGGGGGUGCUAGUGUAGGGAGAAGCACCCCACCCCCAGCCUGGGAGAGCAGGAUGGAAAUAGGGAGCGUUGUGGGGAGAAGGGGCUGGUUUCUGGGGAGCGCAGCUCGGGGGAGCUGAGCUGCAAUGGUGCAGGGAGGGGUUUCUGCAGGAGGCGGGACUGGAAUCCUGUGGCCGUCUAGGCAGCGAGGGACGGAGGGCUGGGGUCCGGGAGGCGGGUGGAGCUGGCCGGAGUGCGGGAUUCAUUCGUCAGCCGUCCUGCAGCACUUAUGAAGGAAGUGUGUGUGUGUGUGUGUGUGUGUGUGUGUGCGUGUGCGCGCGCGCGCGUGCGCGUGUGUGUGCGUGUGAAGGGGCGAGUUGAAUUCAGGCAGAUAACUCCGAGGCCGAAGGUCAGACUGAGGUGCUGGGUGAGAGCUAAGGACGUCAGUAGAAGUGGCAAUGGGCUGCUGCUGUCGCGGGUAGGGGGCUUGUGCGGUGGCGGGGAAGAGGAGGGUAGGGCCAGGUGGGCGUUAGGGAUGGGCACCACGAGUGGGGGCGGCUAUGCUGCGCGGCUUCGCAGGUAUUCCGCGGUGCCGCCAACUCCUUAGUAACCUCCCGCGCCUUGGCAACCAGGACGGCGCGGCCGCUGAUUGGCUCGCAGAGUGUGAGGGGCAGAAACUGUGGGUGAAGUCUAGAACACUCGGUGGGGUGAGGCCAGCACUUCCAGGCACCGCCUUGGAGGCCAGGGUGGGAGAUAUUUGUUGAAAUGCGCAGCGAUUUGUUUGGAGCAUUACCUGGGAUUAUUAAUUUAAAUCUCUUAACCCCCAUAGAAUGAAAGCAUAAUUGCAAGAGUGUGAGUUUUCCAGGAGAGGGGGCUCCCCAGGUUUAGUGAGCCCUUCCAAAAAGCAGCAGAGAGGUUCCCUCCAAAUAAAGAUAAGACCUCAGAUCUGCAGGCAGAGAAUUGCCUGACACGACGUAUAGAGAUCAGGCGGUUGUCCUUGGGCUCCUGAGAAAGGAGAUCUGGGAUUGAGUGAAGUAAUUUGCAGAAGUUACAGGCCUGUUCAUUUGUCUGAGAAGAGUUCAGAACUUUCAUUUAAUUUACAAAGGCUAAAGGGCUCUGAAAAGGUUAAAGUCAUAGAGUUUCAGGCUCCUCAGAAUCCAUUUUCCAGUGUUAAGAGUCUGGGAAGAACUUCCUGUGGAAAGUGUAGGACUAGAGGUAAGGGGGAGGAGACUGGGCAUGGGGGGGGGGUCGUCCCAUGGGCUGGGACAGUGGCUCUGUCCUGGGAACGGCUGUGGGACCCAAGACAAAAGCUCUUUUCUUGCUGAGCCUGUUUUCCCAUCUUAUGCUGGAAAAACUGUAUAAGCGAGCCUGGCCAUGGACCAGCCACCUGGCCUGCAGGUGGACUACGUCUUCCGGGGUGUGGAGCACGCCGUGCGCGUGGCGGUGUCAGGGCAGCUGCUGGAGCUGGAGGUGGAGGACCGGAUGACAGCUGACCAGUGGCGGGGCGAGUUCGAUGCCAGCUUCAUUGAAGAUUUGACCCACAAGACAGGCAACUUCAAACAGUUCAACAUCUUCUGCAACAUGCUGGAGUCAGCCCUUACCCAGAGCAGCGAGUCAGUGACCCUUGACCUGCUGACCUACACAGACCUGGAGUCCCUGCGGAACCGCAAGCUGGGCGGCCGCCCGGGCACCAUGGCCCCCAGAUCAGCCCAGCUCAACUCCAAGCGCUACCUGAUCCUCAUCUAUUCUGUGGAGUUUGACAGGAUUCACUACCCGCUGCCCCUCCCAUACCAGGGCAAGCCAGACCCUGUGGUUCUGCAGGGCAUCAUCCGAUCGCUGAAGGAGGAGCUGAGUCGCCUUCGGGGCCUGGAUGCCCAGGAUGCACGGGACACACGAGACACUGAGAUCUGGCACCUGCGGGAGCAGGUGUCCCGCCUGGCGUCUGAGAAGCGCGAGCUGGAGGCGCAGCUGGGCCACUCACGGGAGGAGGCACUGGCCGGGCGGGCGGCUCGCCAGGAGGCCGAGCAGCUGCGCGGGCUGGUGCGCGGCCUGGAGCUGGAGCUGCGGCAGGAGCGCGGCCUCGGGCACCGGACGCCAGCCCGCCGGGGCCAGGACUGCCGCCGCCUGGCCAAGGAGGUGAGGGGCGGGGCGGCCGGCGGGACCGAGCUGGGCGAGGCCUCAGCCUGGGUGUGGACCCCUGCGCUCCUGUCUUCCUCCGCACAGCUGGAGGAGGUGAAGGCGUCGGAACGCAGCCUGCGAGCCCGGCUGAAGACCCUGAACAGCGAGCUGGCCUUGUACAAAAGGGGGAGGCGGACUCCGCCGGCGGCGCUGCCCGCGGCCCAGGAGGACCGGGCUUCGUCGUCGCGCGAGCGCUCCACGUCGCGGGGCCGCGGGGCCGCCCGCUCGUCCUCGCGCGAGAGCGGUCGCGGGGCCCGGGGUCGGGGCUGGCCCGCCCGCCCCUCGCCAUCGCCCUCAGGUGGGCGCGCGCCGCGCUUCGACCCCACGGCCUUCGUGAAAGCCAAGGAGAAGAAGCAGAGGGAGAUCAAGAUGAAGCAGCAGCAGCGGAACCGAUUGGGCAGUGGAGGAAGCGGGGACGGUCCGUCCAUCUCGUGGUCUCGCCAGGCCCGGCCCCCCACUGGCGUGACCGGCAGAGGGGACGCAGCUAACCGCUCGCGCCACCGCAGCUCCUCGGUGGACAGUUUUCGCAGCCGCUGCUCCUCGGCCAGCUCCUGCAGCGAGUUUGAGGAUUUCACCGAGUCGCUCUCCAGAGGCCUUCGCUGUCACCGCCGUGGAAAGCCACCCAGCUCCACACCUUGGAGUGGGUCUAACACAAAGUCCUCCCCCCGGGAAGGCUGCAGUCAGAGACGCCUGGCCAGUUCAGGGGGCUGGGUCCCCAUCAAAGAGUACAGCUCGGACCACCAGGCGGCUGACAUGGCCGAAAUAGACGCCCGCCUGAAGGCCUUGCAGGAAUAUAUGAACCGGCUGGACACGCGGUCAUGACGACAGAGAGGUGGCACUGCCUUUCCACCCCUACCCACCAGUGGGUAUGGCACAGCAGCAGGGCCAGGGCCAGGCUGGUCUACCAGCACAGCCAAAUCCUGCCCUUCCAGGUGCUCCUGGGGUCUCAGGUGUGUGAGGUCCUGACCCUGGCCUCUCCCUAGGCAGUGGAUACUGGGAGGAAGGGUAUGUACAUUUUGUAAAUAAACGUGUUCUUCCUUGGGA